ACGAGUCGCAGACCAUUUCGAAACCUAGGCACCGCACGGCCGCGGCGCGCCGGCGUAGGCAUCCGGCGUCCUUCCUUCGUUCCUCGCCCCUCUGGCCUCUGCGCUCCGUCUCGGCGGCAGCCCAAGGCCUGUGCGCUUCGUCUCGGCGUCGCCUUCUCCCUGUUCCCCGGCGCUCCUGCAGCAACUGAGCGCUCUUUUUUAAUCUGGAUUCUGAAGCAAUGAGUACCUGUAAAAAGGCCAGGGCGAAGCUACUUCUAUUGUGAGUUCGGACAGACUGAGCAAUCUACCUCCAGAGAUAAUGGGCGACAUCCUCUCACAUUUAAAUGUCGAAGAAGCGGUUAGGACUAGUACCUUGUCAAGUACUUGGAGGGAUGCAUGGACUGAUAUGCCAGUAAUAUGUCUGCGCGAUGGAAAUUUUACAAGAACCAAGUUCAUUACGUUGGUCGAUAUGGUGUUAUCACUCCACAAGGGAACCAUAGAGGAGUUCUAUAUAUCAGUUAAAAGAAGUUACCAUGAUGAAUUGGCUAGGUGGAUGCUCAUGCUGUCAAGGAGAUCACCACGAUCAGACAUGGACAUCAAAAAUCUGAUCUCAUUCUGCCCUGUACUGACUGAUUUGAGAUUAGUUCGUUUUGAGGGCAUCAGGUGUCUAAACAUUCAAGCUCCUAAACUGGAAUAUCUUAAAGUUGUUGGGGGCUUUGAAGACAUUAAUUUGGAUGCCCCUAAUCUAGAAUGGGCCUUUCUAUCUCUUAAUCCCAAAGCUAAAGCGUAUCAAUCUGUUCCUAUUGCUCAUGACAUGGAAAGCUAUGUCAGGAAGUCAUUGGGAAGCCUAACUGACAUCAAAACACUUGCAAUUAGUGGCAUUUUCAUGAAGUAUCUAUCAAAAGGGUGCAUACUUACGAAGUUCCCUGCCGUGUUUCAUCGCCUGGAGCAUAUUUAUCUUGUGAUAAGCUUUUCGGACCAGAGGCAAGUCUUAACUACUUGUUCAUUGCUUCAGAAUGCCCCUAACUUAAAGAAGCUUGAUAUGUGGAGUCAUCCUUCGAGCACAAGGGAUCAGGAUCAGGCAAGCAUUCAAGAGCUUACCGAGCAAAUGCAAAUGGUCCAUCUCGUAACGGCCAGUGUGAAAUGUUCCCAGGGUUUGGACUACGAAAUCGAUUUUGUGGCAAAGCUAUUGAGCUGGUCACCUGCUUUGGAAGAAGUGAAAAUAGAGUGGAAAGGUGAAAUGGACCGCAGCAUGGUUCUUACCAAGCUAUUAGCUCUGCCCAGGGUGUCUCCCAGGGCCAAGAUCAUUGUUACAUGAUACUAUGCUCCCUCAUCACUUUGCCGAUCUAAUUUGCUGCGGGUAGAGUUGUUUUUGCUUUGUUUAUGCGGAUCUACCAGCUAGGACUAUCCGGUGCUUAUAUAUUUGUGUGCAUUGGACGCAAAUUAUCAGGUAGACGUAGUGUGUUUUGUUUAACAUUCGAUGGGAAUACUUAAUGUGCUAUCAGCAAGUUUUUUUCCCUAUGAAACGCCGCAAACCACUGCCGUCGUUCCUCGAUGGCGUGAGUUCAUCUUGACCUGUUUUGUGCCUGUGUUCUGUCUGGUACAUUCCUGGUUGUAGCAAGUAUAUGCGUCCAUGAGAUCUGAUCACAUUUAGGAAGACACCUUCAUGUUGUAUCAACAAGAUGUGGAUCAAAGGCAUCAAAUUGUACUUUCGUAUUGUACAUUAUGCAUGUGUGGACAUGCAACAUGAAGUAAUGAGAUCAAAGCAGCUCAUGCUAGAUUGGUUUAAGUUUUACUUUCGGAAAUCAAAGCAUUAU